UCUAUUUAUAUCCGGACAGAGCUUCCACACGCUCCAGCAAGCCCGAUAUACGUCAUCAGUAAAUAAAAACCUGUCAUAUCGCCCGUAUUCUGGCGUCUAUACCGAGCCGAUCAAUUUACUCAAUUUACACAAAAAGCCGGAACAAUCACUCACACCACAAAUAGCGAACAGUGUAAUCCACCGCAAACGAUUCCCCGCAUACCAUAAGGCAGACGAGUGAGGUUAUUAACACGCCUCGAUAAGCGCACAUCGAAUCAUAGAGAAAGACCCCCGCAGCUGCCAUAAUCCUUUCGCCUAUCGACAAUGAUAUUGAUUGUGUUGGGUUUUUUGUGUUUUUUUUCUUCUUUUUUUGCUUGUCACACACACACAGCAAUAGCUCUAAUGACACCCAUUUGUUAUCUCUUUAAUAAGAAUCGAUACACUGUAAUUAGAGAAGUGUGCGAGUGGGCCCGAUUGCGUCUGAUAAUGACCGUUUGGCUAGCCAAGACACUUGGUAGAGGUGGUUGGCUCGUGGUAGUUCACAUUCUGUGACUGAUUAGUGUUGCUGCAGAAUCUGAGCCGGAAGAGUGUGCCGCCUAAGCAAACAUUAGAAAAGCAAACUCAGUACAAGCAAAGCGCAAAGAUGACGGGCAAGUUCGUUGCCUCGUGCAAGGAAGAGCUGGAGGUCCGAAACUGUGGUUUCGCCCAUCUCCCGGCGGAAGAGUUUGUCAAAUCGCAGUGGCAAACCAGAACCAAGUCAAUAUUCUUCCUGCUGUACCGGUUGGCGCUGGCCAUCUUCUUCACCGGCGUGGUCAUCAACUCGGUCGUGGUCGCCGUGGAACGGGGCGAGUUUAGCAAAUACUUCAUCUAUCUUACCCACUGGGGCAUACUGCUGUGCAUGGGCACGACCAUCAUGGGUGCGAUCCUGGUGAUGGUCUGGCACUUCCAUCCGGAGUAUUCAGAGAAAGUAUGCAACUCGGACGAAAUGCCAAACGCGUUCAAAAUCUACUGGAUGCUGCACAACAUUACGCUGAUCCUGUCGGUGUGCAUCACCAUCAUUUACUGGGCGAUCCUGCACAAUGAAUCCAUGCCAGUCGAUCCGAACAACAUUCUCAUUCACGCGUGCAACUGUGUCUUCAUGUUUCUGGAUCUGAUCAUCGUCGCCUACCCGGUCCGAAUAUGGCACGUGCUGCAACCGAUCACUUUCGGGCUGGUGUAUUGCAUAUUCUCCGUCAUCUACUAUGCGGCCGACGGUACCGAUAGAUUCGGCCGGCCGUACAUUUACAACGUUCUCGACUGGAACGAGCCGGGCAAGGCGAUGGUGACGGUGGUCGGUACCAUCCUGCUGGCCAUGAUCGUACACAUGCUGAUGUUCGCGAUUUACAAGCUGCGGCUGAAGAUCUACCUCCGGUACUUCAACCACAAACCGAUCAUCCCAACCAACUCGACGCUACAGCUGCAGACCGGCAAGUGCGAUGGCAUUUCGAUGGUGUACGGCAGCGACAAUAAGGCGUUCAGCAUUAGCGAGCGGUACUGAGCAGCGGACAGGGUUGGUCCGGGCAGUUCCGGAUACUGGGGAUCGGAGCAGGUCCAUACACACCUUUAGCUUACGUACGACGGCUAGAACGCACUUUUAAUUGGGCGGUUGUCCUCUCUUGUUUUUUUUCGGGGUGAUUAAAAAAAAGGAAAGUCAAAAAAAGAUCGAGAGACAGAUGGUAUUAGAUGUGUAAAGUAUUACGUGUAAGUAUUGUUUCGGUACGUUUUAAGAGUUAGCUGUGAUUAUGUUAAUAAAAGAAACGUUAAUAUGAUUUUUAAA